AUGAGUGCAGUAUGGCAUGUGACGCAGACUCGAUUUCAAUUCACUUUUUAUCCGACAGCUUUGCUGCCGAAAAUAGCAGCGAGCGACGUCAUCGCCGCUGCCGUUACGUUACUGGAACGAGAUUUGCUGCGUUUGAUGCCGCCGAACACGUCGCGGGAAGUGCUGUUGAUGGAUUCACCGCCGAGCCGCUGCAAAACAAUGAGCGAGGAAAACACUGGAGCAAUUUCACAGUGCGGAUUCAGUGAUUCCUUAUUACAAGAUCGAAGCGUUUCGUGCACUUCUUCCUCGAUGGAUGUGGCGCUGUCGUUCGAGAAAAACUUCACCGGUGGCGUUUUUACGGAGAAGGGAAUUGGUGAUGAGCGAUGCAGAUGGCGUGGUCGAGGAGAACGCAGUAUGGUAGUGCACAUACCGUUGUCUAAUGGUAGUGAGUGCGGGCUUAAAGCAAAUGAGAGCACUGGUGAAUACAAUUUGAAGUUGAUUAUCAGUCCUGUCGAUGGGAUUCUCGUUGACGGCUUUACUGCAAUGAGUGUUCGCUGUAUAUAUAGCACUCAGGACAUCACAUUAACAUUACCACCGGGACCAGAUGGAAGUCGAGCACUGCAGAUCAACAGCCUUCAACGUGACGAGGGGGUUGUUACCGGAAACGGAGCAGCUCCGUUGCUUUCAAUGCAAAUCCUGGAUGGACACGGUAUCAACGGCCCGCCAUUAGCAAGAGCGAGCGUAGGUCAAAGGAUCACUUUGGAUCUGUCACUAAAGAACACUGCGAUCUACGAUUUCUACGUACAUUCAUGUUAUGCGCAUGAUGGCUCGAACACACCGGAUGCAAGUAUCAACAUCAUCGAUAGUAAUGGCUGUGCUGUUCGAUUGAGUCGCGCUAUAGAUGUGCCUGCAUUCUCCACAGAACCGGUUAAUCACGGGCCAAAACACAUCUACCUCCACAUGUAUGGCUUCCAAUUCACUUCAUCUCAAUUUGUCCACUUUGAAUGUCAAGUAAAACCAUGUGUGCACUCUUGUCGAAGACAGCAAUGUGAGGCGGAUUCUACAAAACUUCCAUUGAUUCCGGCACUACGACGGAGACGAGAAGAAGCCGAAAGGACUACAAACCUUACAACUCUGAGAAUGCAGACGGUACUCCAAAUUGAGCCGCAACAAGUACAAAGGGCUGCAUUAGUGGCGUCGGAAAGGAAACUCGAUCAGUGUCUAAGUCUGAACGAAGUGCUGUUCAUCGCCAUGUUGUUUCUUGGUGCAAUUACUGCAAUAGCGAUACUACUCUGCUUCGUUUGUUCACCAUCAAAACGACAAGCUCGAUUGGACGAACCUGCCUAUAGUGUUGCACAUGUCUUUCAACAAUGA